AUGCCUACACCUUCAGGUAAUUUUACUGUUAGUAGUGCUUGGAGAAUUCUAAGGCAUAGGGAACCAAGCAAUCUUGAAUUUGUUAAGAUAUGGACCAAGGGUCUGCCUUUCAAGAUUUCUUUCUUUCUCUGGAGAGUAUGGAAGGGGAAAGUUCCUAUAGAUAACUUGUGGAGGAGAGGGGGCUACGUGGUAGUAUCUAAGUGUUGGUGCUGCUUACCACCACAAGAGGAUUCUUACCAGCAUUUGUUCUUAACAAGUGAUACUGCAACUAAGGUGUGGAGGAACUUUACGCAGGCAACAGGUUUGGUGAUCAAUUUGGUACAAGUAUAUCAAGUUAUAAGAGAAUGGUGGAAUGCAAAGUGUUGCCCUAAGCUAAAACCAUUAUUUCAAGCAGCUCCUGCAUUGAUUCUUUGGGAGUUAUGGAAGAGAAGGAAUACAAUCAAGCAUGGGGGGACAGUGCCUUGUAGUAGAGUCAUACAUGAGGUUAAUAAGACAUUGUAUUACAUGGCAAAGGUGAGGUAUCCUUGGCUUCCUAGGAUUCCAUUAUUGUGGCCAGAGAUGAUCAAAUUCUUUGAAAAUUACAAGCCAGUUGUAGUCACUAAGAGAGUCACAUGGCAAUUUCCAUAUGAAGGAUGGUUUAAGUGCAAUACAGAUGGAGCAUCAAGGGGAAAUCCGGGCCCUAGAUCUUAUGGAUUUUUUGUUAGAGAUCAUGAGGGGAACCUGGUAUUUGCAAAAGCAAGGGAGAUAGGUGAGGCAACUAACAUUGUGGCAGAAGCAAAGGUUGUUGUUGAAGGACUGGUUCUCUGUGUGGAGAGGAAGCUUCACCCUUUGAUCAUGGAAACUGACUCUUUAGUGAUGAGUAAGAUCAUUGAUGAUGAAUGGGAGACACCAUGGUGUAUAGGGGCAGAAGUGAGAAGGAUCAAAGAGAUAAGGAACUUAUACAAUGUGCUGUUUCAACAUGUGCUAAGGGAGGGCAGCAAAGUUGCUGAUUUUUUAGCUAACCUUGUUUUCUCUUUUGCAGGUACAAUCAUCUUUCACUCAUUUCAUGAGUUUCCAUCUGAAGGAAAAACAUUAAUCAAUAUGGACAAAGCUCAAAUACCUAACCUUAGAGUUAGGAUUGCCAAGAGGAAAGCACCUGACUAUUGUACAACCUAA